GCCGUGGGGCCCGCGGAGGGCGGCGCGCGGCUGAUGAAACCGGCUCCGAUUCCGCCCGCGUGCGCCAUCCCCUCGGCUAGCAGGUGUGAGCGGCUUUCUAUCCCGCGGUCUCCACGCAGCUCAGCAUCUUGCCGCCUCCCCCGAGCGCGAAGCUUCUGUAGACUCCGCUGUGACUCUGCCGUGACUCCAUCUUGGCCCCCAGGAGCCAGUCCUCAGUGAGAAGUCCGCGGAUCUUACUGCAGAUUCGCUCAGCACAAUGGGAUGCAAAAACCUGCUCAGCCUGGGCCAGCAGAUGCUGCGCCGGAAGGUGGUAGACUGCAGCCGGGAAGAGAGCCGACUGUCCCGCUGCCUCAAUACCUAUGACCUGGUAGCUCUUGGGGUGGGCAGCACCUUGGGCGCUGGCGUCUACGUCCUAGCCGGUGCCGUGGCCCGUGAAAAUGCUGGCCCUGCCAUUGUCAUCUCCUUCCUGAUCGCCGCUCUUGCCUCGGUGCUGGCCGGCCUGUGCUACGGCGAGUUUGGAGCCCGUGUCCCCAAAACUGGCUCAGCCUACCUCUACAGCUAUGUGACAGUGGGGGAGCUCUGGGCCUUCAUCACUGGCUGGAACCUGAUUCUCUCCUACAUCAUCGGUACUUCAAGUGUGGCAAGAGCCUGGAGUGCGACUUUUGACGAGCUAUUAGGCAAACCCAUUGGAGAGUUCUCCCGGCAACACAUGGCCCUGAAUGCUCCCGGGGUGCUGGCCCAAACUCCGGACAUAUUUGCUGUGAUUAUAAUUAUCAUCUUAACAGGACUGUUAACUCUUGGUGUGAAAGAAUCGGCCAUGGUCAACAAGAUCUUCACCUGUAUUAACGUCCUGGUCCUGUGCUUCAUAAUGGUGUCGGGAUUCGUGAAAGGCUCCAUUGAAAACUGGCAGCUCACGGAAAAGGAUUUCCUGAAUAAAUCCAGCCUACGCGAGGGUGGCUGUGAAAUAAACAAUGACACAAACGUGAAACACGGCGAGGGAGGGUUCAUGCCCUUUGGAUUCUCCGGUGUCCUGUCAGGGGCAGCGACCUGCUUUUAUGCCUUCGUGGGCUUUGACUGCAUCGCCACCACAGGGGAAGAAGUCAAGAACCCCCAGAAGGCCAUUCCUGUGGGCAUCGUGGCGUCCCUCCUCAUUUGCUUCAUAGCAUACUUUGGCGUGUCUGCCGCUCUCACGCUCAUGAUGCCUUACUUCUGCCUGGACGUUGACAGCCCGCUGCCUGGCGCCUUCAAGUACCGGGGCUGGGAAGAAGCUAAGUAUGCAGUGGCUAUCGGCUCCCUCUGUGCACUUUCCACGAGCCUGCUAGGCUCCAUGUUUCCCAUGCCCCGAGUUAUCUAUGCCAUGGCUGAAGAUGGACUACUGUUUAAAUUUUUGGCCAAAAUCAACGCUAGGACCAAAACACCAGUAAUCGCUACUGUGACCUCGGGCGCCAUUGCCGCUGUGAUGGCCUUUCUCUUUGAGCUGAAGGACCUGGUGGACCUCAUGUCCAUUGGCACUCUCCUGGCGUACUCUUUGGUGGCUGCCUGUGUUUUGGUCUUACGGUAUCAGCCAGAGCAGCCUAAUCUGGUAUACCAGAUGGCCAGAACCACCGAAGAGCUAGAUCAAGUAGACCAGAACGAGCUGGUCAGUGCCAGUGAGUCCCAGACAGGCUUUUUGCCGGUAGCUGAGAAGUUUUCUCUGAAAACCAUACUCUCGCCCAAGAACAUGGAGCCGUCCAAAUUCUCAGGGCUAAUUGUGAACAUUUCAGCCGGCCUCCUAGCUGCUCUUAUCAUCACUGUGUGCAUUGUGGCCGUGCUCGGAAGAGAGGCUCUGGCCGAAGGGACGCUGUGGGCAGUCUUUGUGAUGACAGGGUCAGUCCUCCUCUGCAUGCUGGUGACAGGCGUCAUCUGGAGGCAACCCGAGAGCAAGACCAAGCUCUCGUUUAAGGUCCCCUUUGUCCCCGUACUUCCCGUCUUGAGCAUCUUCGUGAACAUCUAUCUCAUGAUGCAGCUGGACCAGGGCACAUGGGUCCGGUUUGCAGUGUGGAUGCUGAUAGGCUUCACCAUCUACUUCGGUUAUGGGGUCUGGCACAGUGAAGAAGCGACCCUGGCUGCUGGCCAGGCAAAGACUCCUGAUAGCAACUUAGACCAGUGUAAAUGACGUGCAGCCCCACCCACCAGGGUGACAGCGGUUGACGGGCGCCUGUAGAGGCCUGGGACCCUCACAAUCUCUCCACUCAUGCCUCAGGAGCAGCUCACACCCCCCCAAUGUCACCAAAGCUGGUUUGCAGCCUCAGCCGCCGCCGCUGACAUGGCCUGGUCAGACAGCCCUGCAGCCAGCUGGCGAGAUCCUGGUCACUUCUGGACAGUUCUCAUCUCCCUCUGAGCAAAGAAAGAAGCCCUUCUCCCCGCCAGCUGACAGCUGGCCACUUUGCUGCUGCGACCCCAGCAGAAGGGAGGCCCCCUUCUCCUCUUACUCGGGAAGCAGGCCUCCCUCCCUGGGGGCCACCCUGCUCAUGUCUACACUCCAUGUUAGUGAGCAUCUCCCUGUCAGCCCAGGACAGCCUCCUGACCACAAGAUACAAGGCUAUCCCAGUGAGGAAGCAGGUCCCCCAGCAGUACUACCCAACAGCCGAUCAACUACAGAAUACCUAGAGAGGAGGAAGAAGCCCGCAUCUUACUGCUUUCAGGCUGGGGUAGUGGGAUGGCGCCCCAGUCUACAGAGAGGCUUCUGUGCAGACCCCCCCCCCCCCCCCCCGCACGGUGUGAGCCGUUCAUCUCGAGCACAGAAGAUGGGAGAUCCCUGGAGUGACCAAUAGCAUCAAGAUGGGACGGCCAGCUCUGGUCACAUCGACGAGGGUGACGUUCUCUAGUCUUAUUCCUAGCAGGUCUGGAUUGGCUUUUUCUGUUGCUCUUGGCACUUUGUCCUGAGUCACUGGAACACGGAGGCUGUAUCAGUAGGGUCAUGUCACUCUCUCGGGUCUUCCAAGCUUCUUCAGACAGGUGGCACUUGAUUGGGGGGGGGGGGUGGCGUUUCUCCAGCUACUGACACAAUCUGUGUGGCCUCUCACAUCUAAGGGGUGCCGCGGAGUCCUCCCGUUGCCUGCUGUGAAUCACUCCACUGGAUUAACUUGGGGCUUAAUGCUACCUUGGAAGAUAGCCAAAUAAUUACCGAGUGCCAUAUCAGCUUGUGGUUCAAGAUGUGUGGCCUGCACAGGAGAUGACUUGGGGUCCUUUCUAUUGCUAUUCCUUUGCAUGCUGCUGGUGAGAUUUCCACCCUGGCUUGGACCUUAUUCCCCCAGUAGGCCUUCAUUUCCCCUCCCCCAGGCUCCUUAUCUCUCUGGGUGAGGCCUCAGGGCCUACAUCUCUUCACUUAGUAGACAGAAACUAUGUGAGAGUCCUGGUGGAUCCUCUGAACCAGCAGCCUUCCCCCCCCCCCCAUCCUCCACCCUCCCAUGUCAGGGUGGGGGAAAGCUAGUGUCUUAAGCCUAAUGCUAAUGCUGUUUUUAAAGCCUAGCUUUCUUUCCUGUCUGGCCUUUGACCCAAGUCUGGUGGAAACAGGCUGGGUAAACUGAUGGCCCUGUCUUCCCCUCUGCUCUGGAAGGUUCUUAGGAAUGGCAAGAGUUAGUGGCGCUGGACUGGUGGGUGGCCUAGAGGUAGCGCACUUGCCUAGCCCAGGCAGGGCCUCAGGCUCCACCCCCAGCACUAUGGAAUACUAGGGAAAUCAGAGAAACCGUUGCCUGGUUGCUGGGCCAGCCAGUGGAGGGCAGCUGACCCACAAGAGCCAGGCCCUGACCACCGACCAACCAGCCAGGCCCUUUGUCUCAUAGGCUGCCUGAGAAAAACCUCAAAGGGAGUAUUAUAAGACCCUAAAUGUUGAGUUUCUAAAGGUAUUUAAAGUUAUGUAGAUUGGUGCUGUAAAAUAUUUUGAUAAAUAUUAACUUAUUUUGUUCGGGUCUUGAUUACCUGUUGUCUUCUUAGGGCCUGUUAAAUAUCUGUCUGGGUUUUUUUUUUUUUUUUCCCUUCCUUGUGACUGACAUAGACAAAGAGAGAAAGAGUGCCCUGUGAAGUGUUGGGAGGAUUUUUUUUUUUUUUUUUUUUUUUUUUUUUUGAGACAAGGUUUCACUCUAUAGCUGGUCUGGAACAGGAUUUUGUUGCCUGGUCUAGCCUCUGCCUCAGGCUCCGGAGUCAUAGGUGUGAACCACCACUCCUCCUGCUGAACUGUCUGUCUCCUUGCUUUGGGAUGAGACCUUCCUGUCUCAGGCAGCCUGACCAUGUGUUUACAGUUGACAUUUCAGCCAGCAGCUCGUGUCCCACCAAGAGCAAAGUUGUGCAUCUAGGGGUUCGAUCUGCCACCCUCUCUCCUGAGGAUCACAAGCAGUGGCCUCUACAGAGAUCUGCUCAGUAUGCUUCUCUGUGAGACACAGGAGCAAACACAGGCUCUGGCUGGGUGUGGGGGGCAGGGGGGUGGCAUCCUGUACCCUCUUUCUAGUCAGGAAAAGAUACUUGAGGGUGAUCUGCCUAGUUAGUUGAUUGGCCACUGAGCUUUUGUUAAGAGUAGACAGUUGCCAGGAAAGCUUUUUGGGGGGUGCAUGUAGUCAGGCCUGGCGUGAGCCUCUGAUACGCUUUUUUAUUACACCCCCAGUUCCUUCUCCUGAAGGGAAAACACAAGCCCCAAACAACACACAUACACACACAUCCCUCCAAACCAACAGUGCGUAGUGUCACGUCUCCUAGCCUUCUGCCCAAAGACGAGUCCCAUUGGGUUUCAAAGUGAGGCCAUUAUUUCCUACCUGGUUGGGACAUAUUCCCAUGCCUUGUUUAUCUUCAGCUAGAGUAUUCACAUCGGAAAGAACCAUUUUCCCAGGAGCGUGUACCCUUCCUGUCUUGGGGGUCUAUAUUUGUGAAGAAGCCAUUACCCAGGGAGCUGUGCUUGGGGAUGGGGUACAAGAUGUCUCCACCUUUCAGAAGGUGGCCCCAAUGGGGGUGGUGGUAGGUGGUGUCUAUGGAGACAUCAGUCAAAUCCCAUGUAUAUUCCUGGAAGCGUAGGUGCACACCUCUGCCCAUCCCUAUCCCUGCCCAUCCCCUGCAGCCAGGCCUUUGUGGAUUUACUUUGCAAACAAAGAAAAAGUAAGGGUCUGUCCCCUGGGCAGUUUCUGGAAGAUUGCUGGGUUUACACAGUUCUCCCUUGCUCACAGUUUGCUUUUACAGUAUGCAAAUUCUGUCUGUUAUCUGAUAUCUCCGUCUGACAGUCUGCCAUCCAGUCCCCCACGCUGGUGACUUGGCUUGGACACCACAUACCAACCACUUGCCUGAGACUUGGUGGCCAGAAGUGUCUGCAGGACCGUGGGGGGAUAUCAGGCUUUUCCACCUGCCCCUAGUGGCCAAGGGUUGGACAUCCCCCCUACCCCCCCCCCCCACUCCUGAGCACACUCAGCACAGCCAUUGUGUGCACAGCGCACACCACACACUGAAGGGAAUACGUAACCCACUCCACCUGUCUACUGCCCUCUGCUCGAGUGCUUUGGGCUGGGGUCACCAGUGGCUGUGUUCCUGCCAGGCAGACAUUCUGAAUCGGACACCGUCUCCUCUGGCUAGGCACUCGCCCAACAAUGAAGCUUAGAAACAGCAGUGUGAGAGCCGGGUUCCCUGGGAUAAGCCUGGCCACGCCCACGGGCCCCCUGACUUCUGCUGAGGCCACUGCUGACCUGCAAUAGAAACAUGGCUGGCUUUUGCUGGGGGCCAUCCUUUCUGACUUGAAUAUCUUAUGUCCCCAGGAAUACUUACUCCAUUCUAAUAAAAGCUUACUGUUUUGUUGGCACCUGAACCUUAAGGAAUCUUAGUGGGGAUCUAAGUGCCCAUCUCUUGGGUUGUCGGUGGGUGAUGGGAACAGGGAUGUUUGGGUCCAUGUAUGGUUGGGCUAACGAAGGGAGUGGUCAGACAGAGGAUACGUGAUCCAUGGAGCCGUUACAGAAUUCAGAGUCAGCGCUGAAUAUGUGUUAGGCGCGGUUAUUUUAUAUAAUUCAAACCGUGUCUGUUUGCCUUCAUCGUGAGAAGACUGUAUGUAAGUUUCCUGGGGGAGAGCGAGCGGCCCAUGUCUUUAGGCUUGUUUUGGUUUGUGAAAUGCUUUUAUUGACACAGUGGUGCAGGUGAAAUGUGCUACACUCCAAUGUGGUUAGAAUGAAAUUUUUAAGGCAAAACCCAUCUCCCAGCUGGUUUUCGCCUCCCUUUCUCUAGCCCAAUCUUUCUGUAUCCGAUGCUCCACUGAGCCGGGGGAUAUGGUGUGUGUGGCCAAGGGUCUUGGGUCAUGGUGACCAAGGAGUCUUCCUGGACCAUUCUGUUACAUGUGCUGAAUGGCUAGCUAAAAAGCCCGGGAGAGAUGAAAGACCGUGUCCAAAAAUGUUCUCAGGGCGCUGGCAUGUCCAGCAGGGUCAGGAAGCUAGAUUUAGGAAGAUACAUCAUACAAACUAAUUUAUUGUCAAGUGUGUUAACUUUUGGUGUUCCUUGAAAAGCUUUUUUGAGUCUGGGACUUAUUUCCCCAUUUGAGAACUUAUAAUAUAGCUUUGUAUUUAAGAUAUUUACUGCUUUGUUUGUGCCUUGUAACUUCGGUGGGUUUAAGGAUCACAGGAUACUAACGAGGGCUGGUUUAUUAGCAAACCUGAAUGGUUGUGUGGUCUCUCCAGGACAAUUUUUUUUUUUAUUUCUACUGAACAUGGAGCCAUUAUUAAAAGAGUUAUGUGUGGUUUUUUCAUUAUGUAAAUUGUAUAUAUUUUUUUUGCCUGUUUGAGGUUCUAUUUUUCUAAUAGUCUUCUUACAGUUUCUUAUAAUGAUGACAUUAGAUUAAGUCCGAUACCAACUGUAAAUCAAGCUGGUCUCUGCUGGAUUCCCAUGGAUCAAUUAUAUUUUGUUUUAAGGCCAAGUGAAGGUGCCCGUCCACCACCCUUUUGAAAAAAAAAUGUGAAAUUUAUGUCUCCUUUCAUUGCUGAAUACAUUGUACACUGGCUAGACCCCUCCCAUACUUAUGUGUUGUAAAAAUCAAAGCUAUUUUGUGGUACAUUGUCUCAUGCUUCUGCAGAUGCUAAUAAAUCCUGUCUGGCUUCCAUGCA